UAUAUAUAUAUAUAUGCUUUCAAAAUCAUCAACACAAUCUUCGCCACUGUCACCAUCGUCAUCAUUAUAAUUAACCUUAUUGAUUAUUAUGAAGUUUUGCUUACUUGGUUGGAGAAAUGUAAAACGAACAAUUUUAAAGAAGCCCAUUUUUGUCUUUGUAUAUUCACUUUUAUUAUUUUCAUUAAUUUUUCUAAUUGCAAAUUAUUCAGAAAAAACAUUCUUAUCAGUUAAGCUAAUUGGCAUAAACACUCAUAACGUGUAUAAAAAUUAUGAACGAUCAUUCAGUGGAUAUGAGAAUUUAAUUUUCAACAUUGAUUAUGCUAACUUUAGUAUUGAAAAACAAAAACAUGUAAAUGUAAAUUCAAAACGACAUUUAGGUUCAAUUGAUACAAAGCUAUUUGAUAUACAAGGUUUUAUACUGAAAAAGAAAUUCAAUAUGAAUAAUUUAAUCUUAUUUCCAUUUGAAACAGACAAUCCAUAUGAGGAUGAUAGAAUAUUAGCACAAAUGAGUUAUGUUCCAGUACAAGUGUUAGAAGCACGUAAAAAUGGACGGAUUCUUAUGAAACGUAUUUAUUAUGCAAGUAAAUCCUCUAAUUCAUUUCCCGAUCUGUCACAUUGUCCUGUGUACGAAUGUAGUGUAAGUCAUACGAUUAAGCAAGCUGACUUAGUUGUUUUUGAAAAUGAUGCAGAACUUAGUAGAUUAAAGAAACAAAAGAAUCAAUCUUGGCUGAUUUAUCAUCUUGAAUCUCCACGACAUUUUCCAUUCCCUAUGUUCAAAAACUUGAUUAAUUUUACCGCUACAUAUACAGUGGAUUCAACUAUAGUUACACCAUAUUAUAAAUAUGUACCAUUUUCAGAUAUGGUACCAAAAGAUUUAAAUCAUUCAAUUGAAUUUGAUAAAGAUUUUUCUAAUGGUAAAACUAAAAUGAUUGCAUGGUUUGUAAGUAAUUGUAAUGGUGGUGGUCCACGAAUGAAUUAUGCUAAGGAAUUAAUGAAAUAUAUCAAGGUUGAUAUCUAUGGUGCAUGUGGAGAUCUAAUUUGUGAUAAAUAUAAUAGCACGUGUUUUGAAUCAUUGAAAAAUGAUUAUAAAUUCUAUCUCAGUUUUGAGAAUAGUAUCUGUCAAGAUUAUAUUACUGAAAAGUUCUUUCUAAAUGCUCUUAAAAAUACUGUUGUUCCAAUCGUAAUGGGUGCAUCGAAAUCAGAAUAUGUAAGAUCAGCUCCAUCAAAUUCUUUUAUUCAUGUAGAUGAUUUUAAUUCUGUCAAACAAUUAGCGGAUUAUUUGUACUAUCUAGACAACAAUAAAACUGCUUAUAAUGAAUACUUUAAAUGGCAUAACCAUGGAACAGUUGAUUUUAAUACAUUCACUGAUUGUCGACUAUGUAUGCUGGCGCAUGAAAUCGAUAACUUGGAACGACCUUAUUGGUAUGAAGAUGUAAAUCAAUGGAGACAGAAUAGUUGUGAAAAUCGUAAAUUUCCGAUUAUUUGAUAACUUAGCAGAAAAAAAACAAGUACACUUGUAAAUUUUGAUUUGAUUUUAUAUUUAUAUUUUUAUAUUUUCAUUAUGUUUCUUUUUUGUAAAAAAAAAGCUUAAGAAUGAAUAGACGUUUAUGUCAAGCACCUCCAAGGACCCUCCAAAAUUUACAUGACAUUUUCACUGUAUAAUUGAAUUUAUGAUUUCAAUUAAUUAGUUUUAUUAUUGUCAAAUUUGAAAUACAUUUGUGAUUUUUUAUCUGAUGGAUUUUAAUUCAUUUCUUACUUUUGUGAUGUAAUUUUUACUCAUUCGUAGAAAUUGUAUAAAAUUUAUUGAUUUGAA